AUGGAGCAUCUACCCCGCUACGAUGGCACGUUCAGUUUCACCUCUUCAAGACUAUACGACAACAUCCGGCGCGUUGUUCCUACCUAUGAUAAGAGAGACCCAAAGACCUGGCCAUAUGUUACUCUGUCUACGAUAGAGAAGCACUGCCCUUACCAGGGGUAUCCGGACCUACCGACCGGCGUAGCCUAUCAACGAGAGGCAAUGAAGCGAUACGAAGAUAUGUACUCACCGGAAGAGCGGAACAUCACUGCAUCCGUGAACGGUUCCUUACAUCAGCGAUACCCUUUCAACUACGACAAGUUUGGCGGGCCGAAGGAGAAAGUCGGCAUGUCCGGGGCGGAGUAUCGCACCUACAUGGCGACUAUUGUGACUACGCCGUCUACACCGCAUGUGCGCGAAGAAUGGGAAGACACUGUACCAGACAGCGCAAUCGAUUGCAACACCCCUUCAGCUUAUCGUGGACAGAAGGAGAGCGCAUCCCCAACACUAGGCAUUAGGGCUCGGGACCGCGACUUCUGUACGAACAAAAAGUGUACGAAAAUCAAACGAGAAGCUGCAAGACUGCGUGGGGAGCUUUUCGAUAAAGAGUCUCAGCUUUUGGGCUCGCAGGGAGACCUCAAGGAGUACGAGACAUCUGAAGGCUUGCGGAGAAGGGCUAUGGACGACGCCAAGUAUCAGCUGGAGAAGGAGAAGCGGCGCGGGGAUGCUGCCGAGAAGGAAUGCAUGCUUCGCAUGGAGAUUAAUAUCAAGUUACUCCAGCGCAUGAGAGAUCUGGAGAUGAAGGUGAAGCAGAUGGAUGACUUGGACACGUAUUGUGCCCAGUUGGAAGCGGAGAUUGAGAAGCGAGGCUGCGAUCAGGUGUUAAGCUCCGACGAGGACGAGGAAGAUCAUGGUAAGCCGUCCAAGAGGAUGCGACCGGAAAGCACAGAGUAA